AUUUUUAUUGUUGUUUUUUUUGUUGAUUUCGUGCAAAGUUCCUGGGACAAGACACAGUAGUGCUGCAAAUAACGCAAUUUGUUUCUAUUAAUGUGUUUCUUGGACUAAAGAGCCUCCUCUCGGCUUCCGUCAACGUAAAGCGCUUGACGUCAGCAUAACAACAACCUGUCAUGACAGCAGCUCGUAUGAGCAAGAAGAUAAUCGAUUAAAAUUUGAUAUCAAAUUAUAUCAAAUCUGUUUCGGCUGGAUGUACGAUUCCUAAUUAAAGUGAGUGCGAUCCAGGGCGGACGGGGCAUUCUUGAACCUGUCCUCUAGCCAGCCGAAGAGACGGGGAACAGGAUAGGGAAGCAGGGCGAGGCGGGCCCCGCGGAGCCGGUGGAGAAGAUGGCCGGCAGCCCGGAGAAGAGUUCCACCGCACAGGAGCUGAAGGAGCAGGGAAACCGGCUGUUCCUCUGCCGCAAGUACCAGGAAGCUGCUACGUGUUACAGUAAAGCUAUUAACCGUAAUCCAUCUGUGGCAGUGUACUACACCAACAGGGCUCUCUGCCACGUGAAGCUGCAGCAGCACGACAAGGCUCUGGCUGAUUGUAAGCACGCAUUAGAGCUGGACAGUCAGUCUGUGAAGGCCCACUUCUUCUUAGGCCAGUGUCACCUGGAGCUGGAGAACUACGACGAGGCCAUCGGAAACCUGCAGAAAGCUUAUAACUUGGCAAAAGAACAGAGGCUGAAUUUUGGAGAUGACAUCCCCAGCGCUUUGCGCAUUGCCAAGAAAAAGCGUUGGAACAGCAUCGAAGAGAAGCGCAUCAACCAAGAGAACGAGUUACACGCCUAUCUGACCAAACUCAUACUGGCUGAGAAGGAAAGAGAACUGGAAGAAUACAAAGAAAAACAGGAUGACAAUCAAAAUGGAGGCGAUGCUGCCAAGAUUGCAUCAAAACAUGACAAGUAUCUGGUGGACAUGGAUGAGCUCUUCUCUCAGGUGGAUGAGAAAAGAAAAAAGCGGGAGAUUCCAGAUUAUCUUUGUGGGAAGAUCAGUUUUGAGCUGAUGAGGGAGCCCUGCAUCACACCCAGUGGAAUCACCUAUGAUCGCAAAGACAUUGAGGAGCACCUGCAGCGGGUAGGUCAUUUUGACCCAGUCACCAGGAGCCCCCUGACCCAGGAUCAGCUGAUCCCAAACCUGGCCAUGAAGGAAGUAAUUGAUGCCUUUAUCCAGGAGAACGGCUGGGUGGAGGACUACUGAAGAGAAGCCUCCCAUUUGUCCUUCAUACCCCCCCGAUACUCAACCCAAAGCCUGGACAACGCAGGACUAUAGAGAACAGAUCACCCCUUGCCUGGAUACGUACUUUACGCAGGAAAAGCCACACUAUGGACUACCAGAUGGGAGCCGCGUAUCUCCGCCUGUCUCCUCCCCACAUCCUUUGCUGUACAACUUCCCGAGGCUGCGCGUUCAUGGCCUGCUGCUCCCUUUAAAACCUUCUCAUCCUGCAGUUACUUCUGCUUUUUCAUCUCUGUCAUGCUGUCUCUGCUCUUUUCAGCCUUCCUGUUCUCAGAUAGGGGCCACGUUCUCAGGUCUCUCUCGCACCCUCCUUACUGUAACCCCCCGUCUCUCUUUCUCUGAGUGCCACAAUCCUCGGAAGGCGUCAGCAUUGCACUCCAGUGUUUCACCUCCUCCACCAAUAAACAAAAAGAAGAAAGGAAGAAAAAAAAAAUCUGCGUUUUGGUGGCAGAAUUGAACAAAACAUUGGCCUUUUAUUUGGUGUUUACUCCAGUAUUUUGUAAUCAUUUUUUCAUUAAGCAACGGCGCAUUUUCCCACUUCUUAGUGUAUAUUUGUCGAAGUGGUAACUAAAAUGCCAAAAAUCCUGUUCUGAACAAGGGUUGUUUGUAUGCAAGUUUUACAUGAUGAUAACCGAAAAGGGAUCGGAGUCUCUUUUCACUUCAAACACCCGCACUUAUCACCAUACUCUCAGAUUUCUAGUGGAUUGUUUUCUUCCAAUAUCAAUCACACCCCAUUACAGACAAUUGAGAUAAGUUGAAUGUAUGCAUUAUAUAUUCUUUAGGUUUAGAAACGACUUUGAGUAAUUCAAGAUGCUUUUUUUUAACAAAAAGAGACAAUGUGAGGUCCUCAUGAAAAAGCCUUGAACUGGAAAAUGAGGAAAAAAAUAAGUUUUCACGUUGCUGGAAAUGAAUUCAAAACCUUUUAAAUGUUUGAGAGUUGAGAGAUGUAAGAUGUUGUUGUUGCUGAAGCUUGUUCGGAGAAUGGUCCGCGCUGUCUGUGACGUUCCUAGAAACAAAAAUGUGCUCUGACGUUGUGUUUGACUCGUGCUGUUUGCCUGGAAUGACUUUGGACUCUCACGUCAAGCAUGAAUCUUGUUCUCCUUUACGCCAAGCAAGGAGCUGUUUCUCAUUAUUUUUUUUUCACCUUUUCAAGUUUAUGCACCAUCUCCUCACAAUGUGGAAGAAAAGAAAAAUUAGCAUCGUGUUACAGGGAUUUUGAGGUUCACUAAGAUCACUGCCCCAACUUCUGCUAUAGAAAUGCUGGAAGAGUUACGACCAUCUUAUCUCAUCCAUACCUCAGUCCAAGUUUUUUUCUUCUUUCUGUUGGCGUGCUAGUUCUCUGGCAUUAGUCUGUCUGGUCACCAGUUUUUCAGCUGAAUGUGUCUGUGGUGAAUUAGUUGCUGGUCGGUGUCGGGUGCGGCCAGGCAGUGUACAUAAUUUGCUUGUGUAUCUCAGAUUUUAUUUCUUGACAAAAUAGGGUUAAUCUUCUUGUUCUUGAGAAAUCCUAGAGCUUGAGAAACUGUAUUAAAUGUAGAUAUGUUGAUAACAUAAACGCCUGAUUCCGUUUCCAUUAUGUCCCCAUUAAACCGUGAACUUUGAGGUUGUUGUGGUUGUUUCUGACGCAAGAUGAUAAUUAAAGACGUACCAAGUGUGAA